GCUAGACAACCUCCGAAGCCAAGUAUAGGAGCUACAAUUUUCGGUAGAUCCGAGCACAUAUCAGCGUUCCUGCCAAUAAUGCCGAAGACUAAGCAGCAAAGCAAGCCGCCGGAUACGACCCUAUUACCGUAAGACCAAGGGUUAUUCGGAUAGAAGCUUCAUCCGCUGACAGGCUACACGCCCAAUUGCUGAACACAUACCCAUAGCUUCCCUCGGUCCCUUAACAUAUUUAUUGGGCAUGUAGACUCCAACUUCUGUCUAUAAAUACCGCUGAGAUUGACGCCCUUCCCAGCUAACAGCAAACUCAACUCAUAUAUCACCUUAUACAACAGCAAAGCAUCCUCCUCACUUAUCCGUUACAAUGGUUAAACCAACCUUCCUUGUCUACGCUCUAGCCACUGUGGCUGGAGUCCAGGCGUGCAAGAAGACCUGCACCAGUACCGGCGAAGUGAGCGGACGCUGCAACUAUAAAUGCACCGACGCAUGCCCCGAUCUGGGACCGACGGCGGCCCGCAAUAAGUUUCUUUCUGCCCUCCUGGAGGAUUAUGAUUGCCGGAAAUCGGGAGCUGCCGGUCUAUCCUGCAAGAAGACUGCCGCUUUUGGUUCCUGCGGCUCCCACUACUGGAAAUGCGGGGACGAUUGUUAGGCUGGCUCUACCAUACUUCUCCGCGCCGUCAAUAUCAUCAGGGUGUUUGCGGCACCUGGCGGGGAAUGAUAUAGUUUAGCUGGAAAUUUGGCCCGUUCAUUAAAGGGAACCUAUUUCCUUUUUGUAUUGCCAGCUAUCAGUCACAAAAUGGUGCGGGACAUAUGAGAUGAUGGGAGUUAUACUAUGCCAAGAGAUGCCGAUGCUAGCUACUUAUUUCCAACCCAUUCUAUCAAAUAUAUUAAAGCUCCAAGAUAUUCCUCCUAGUAUUACCCC